CACCACCUCUUCUUUUUCUUCUUACCUUUGCUUCGCCAUCCAACAUGACUGCGAUGGAUACCCUUACUACUUCGUCAUCGUUUGCAGAUGACUAUUCAGCUUCACGACAAGCGGAUGCUAUUGAAGCUGGUUCGAUUUUGAUAUCACUCGCCAACAGCCACAAACCUGUAGCGGCAGAUAAUAAACAGGAAUUGGAAGCCAUUUCCAAACAUCACAGAAGCUAUUCAUCGGAGGACCGCCACCACUCACCACCAACCGCUCCCCAUACAAAUGACCAUGAGCAUUACAGGCGCCCCAUGUCCAUACAUAAUCUCCUGUCUGAUGAUCGAUCUACGCAACUAGACUCACCGCCUUUGCGACCCAUGCAUCGCCGACGGUCCUCUAUAGAAGACCAAAAAGCACCUGUGCAAUACCAUUCAUCUCCGCCUAUCGUUCAUAAGCGUUCGCUCGAAUCCGAAGACUAUGCUAUGUCGAUGAAGCGAUCGUCUAUAACAAGAGAAACCCGAGAAUACUCCAUUCCUCCACGAUAUUCAUCAGAUUACGAUCGCCAUGCCGGCAACAACACACCAACAGCUCUUCCCAAUGGUAAACCCGUGUAUCGAGACAACGUAGAUGAUCCAUACCGUUCUAGGAAGGAUCACAAGUUCAACAAUGCAGAUGCAUAUCGUUACGACCAUAUGUCCAAUAAGAGUCAACAAAGGCAGCAACCACCUCAGCAGCAACCGUCUCAUCACCACCACUCUACCCUUCAGCAUAGUCGCAAGACAUCUAUGUCAUCGUCGUUACCACAAAAAUACUAUGCCAUGAAGCAAAGUCCGAACGUCAAGAGAAAUGCAACCCACGCUUAUAUUAGUUACACCAUCUUCAUGGAUAUUACACGCAGAGCAUCCAUAAAGCACCAAUUAGCUAACGAUGACCCCGUGGUUCCUUACGACCGAGCCUACCACACGCAAUACUCACCUACACCCAAGUUCGAUAGACCCCCCACCAUGUAUUUUAAUGCUCCACAACCACCAAGAAAACAAUCGCAACAAUACAGUCGCCCCCCAUCCGAACGCAGACGUAGCAGUAUGAGUUAUUCACACUAUCCAGCGUCUUCCAGUGAAAGGCAGCACAAUGAAUCUCCCUCACAACCACCUUCACGUUAUCGUCCUCCUCCUGCCAAUCUGGACAUGUACCAAGCUCCACCACCACAGCAACAAUUAAUGACCCAGCCAUUGACCGCCUAUCUUCGUGAUCGCAACACGGGUGUUCCGCGAUAAAAAAAGAAACUUAGAAUGUCCCAACCAACCUAAAAAAAAAACCUGCCCCCCCAUAGCAAACAGCGAUGUUAUUCUUCUUUAUACAAGCAAGACCAUACUACUGAUCAAAUGAUGUAUAUAAUUUGUUGGACUUUCAUGGAUUUAGCCAUCCCCAUCUUUAUUCCAUUGUGAAAGCGCCUUUCCCCUCUCUUUUAUGUAGGCGUGAUUUUCUCUUUUUCUCUCUCUCUCUUCUUAGCUGCUAUCUUCUUGUACAUAGUCUGUAAUUCAUCGUUUUUCCUUUCUAUUUUACAUACAUUCGUCACUGAUUGACAAUUGCUUAAUCUCGCGUGGUGUGUCUGACGGGAUCAUACGAUGAAAAACAGCAUGUAGGUCAUGCAUGCUUGGCUAAAAAAAAAAAGUGUGGCCGACUGCGUAG